UUGCACACAUCCAUUUCGUAUAUAUAAUGAACAAGUUUAAACAAAAAGUGCUUCCUUUUGUUCAUCCUCAAAUCCGGCUGUUGGCUUCUCCAGCUGUAUCUCAAGCUGAAAAUGUCGAUUGUGGUAACGCCAGUUUCUUGUCCUGUCGUCACAAUGAUACAUGGUCUAAUGAGUUUAUUGUCAUGCGCACAAGUAACACUCCACGAUGUCGUGCAUCACGAAGAUCUGGAGGCCAUGGUGCAACUCAACUUUACAGUGGAUCUGUCAUUUCUCAUGUCGCAUGUGCAUCCACGCGUUCGCAAUCGUAUUCCCAUUACUGUCAUUCACGGUCAUAAGUUCCCCGAAAGCAUACAAGCCAUUAAGACUGCCGCCAAGCAAUGGCCCAACAUCCGAUUGAUCAGCCCAUUUCUCAGUAAUCGCUUUGGUACACAUCAUACAAAGGCCAUGCUGCUAUUCUUUAACAAGAAUGGGACAAAAACAGCCCAAGUGGCGAUCAUGACAGCCAACAUGUGUCGCGGGGAUUGGGAGGAUAUGACUCAGGGUAUCUAUCUUUCUCCUCGCUGCCCUUUGAAAGAGGACGCACCAUCGCCGGUUCCCGGUACAUUGAUCAACUCAGAUUACGGAUCACCUUUUGAGCGACAGCUCAUUGAAUAUCUCAAGACGUACAGUCCUUCCUUAAUGGAUAUAUGUGCCACCUUGCGAUUAUACGAUUGGUCACAAUGCAAGGUCAUUCUUAUAGGCUCCGUGCCAGGCUAUCAUCGAGAGCAUCAGUUUGCCAAAUGGGGGUUGGAGCGUCUUUCAAGAGCCCUGAGGGAUUACGUCCAAUUGCCACCUGAAUGCUGCCGCGAGUCAACCUUGAUCGCCCAAUGUUCAAGUAUGGCCAAGUUUACACAGCAAUGGUUCCAAAAGGAUUUCGCUACCAAAUUGUCCAAUGCGGCCAACGCGUCGGAAGCACGACCGCCACAUCUCCGUUGUGUGUACCCAAGUGUUCGGGACGUAGCACAAAGUCACACAGGCAUUAUCUCGAGCGCCGGCUUUCUAAGGUUUGAACAAGAAAUCUAUGAUCAAAGCCGGGAAUGGUUUGAUUCGCAUCUGUGCCGUUGGCAAAGUGAAAAAGCAGGAAGACAAAAAGUGAUGCCUCAUAUCAAGACCUAUACACGUGUGUAUGGUCCGGAUAAUGACCCUCAAAUUGCGUGGCAUCUGUUGACUUCGGCCAACCUGAGUCGAGCUGCGUGGGGAGAAUAUCAAAAGAACAAGACACAGCUAUUUAUAAAAAGUUACGAACUUGGCGUCCUGAUUUGUCCCAGUCUAUGGCAGACCGAAGAGAUUUCUGAGGUGUGUCUUGUGCCUUCUACCGUACCAAACCCUCAUCCAGCCUCUUCUUCCAAAGAAGGUCCAUGCUUGACAGUGCCUAUUCGGCUACCGUAUGAUCUUCCACUGACGCCCCAUGAGCAACCCGGUCAAUGUUACACGCGACGCUAUGCACAGCAAGCCAUGGAACGGUUCGGCGGUAUAGAGUUGGAAUAAAAAAACAGCCUAGACCUUUUUCUGUUUCUUUUUCUUCUUGGCCGCUCGCUCGUUGAGAUACAUCGAUAAGAAAUCGCCUUGACCUCCAAUCUUUUUAUCCUUGGUCGGCCUGGCGUCUUGUUCGGGGGUCGGCUCGCUGAACUUGUUCUUCUUUUUCUUGG